GACUUCCGGUGGCGGCGAGCCGGUCUCUCGGCCAGGGGUCCCCGCGCUCGGGCCUUCCCCCUCCCCCCCCGGGCGGACCCCGACCAGCGGCGCCGGGGGGAGGCGGAGAGGAGGGCUUCGUCAACAUGACCGAGAGAACGGAGAGCCUCCAUUUCCAGUUUGACAACUACGGGGAUUCGAUGUUGCAGAAGAUGAACAAGCUGAGAGAGGAGAACAAGUUCUGUGACGUCACGGUCUGCAUCGAUGACCUGGAGGUCCACGGCCACAAGGUCGUCUUCGCCGCCGGCUCGCCCUUCUUGAGGGACCAGUUCCUGCUCAACGACUCCAGGGAAGUCAAGAUCUCCAUCCUGCAGAGCUCGGAAGUCGGGCGGCAGCUGCUCCUGUCCUGCUACAGCGGAGUGCUGGAGUUCCCCGAGAUGGAGCUGGUGAACUACUUGACGGCCGCCAGCUUCCUUCAGAUGAGCCACAUUGUGGAGCGCUGCACGGAGGCGCUCUGGAAGUUCAUCAGGCCGAAGCAGAAGCUGGGGAACAAAGAGGAGAACCAGGCCAGGGCCAACUCCUCCCAGUCGAAGGAGGCUGUCGGAGCCAGUGGUGGGGAAGAGGAGGAGGAGGAGGAGGAAGACGACGAGGAAGAAGACUCCUUGCAGCCUGAUUCGCCUUGCCUCCAGCCGUCGGAGGACAGCAUGGACAUGGACGAUAGCGACAUCCAGAUCGUGAAAGUGGAGUCCAUCGGGGAGGUGGCCGAGGUGGGGAGCAAAAAGGACCCAGGGCCGUUCCUUUCCUCUGAAGAGCCCAGCUCCCUCCCUUCCUCGGAGCCCCAGCACUCCCUGAUCAACUCCACCGUGGAGAACCGAGUGGGCGACCUGGAGCAGAGUCAGCUGCACAACUACGCCCUCUCCUACUCGCCGGCCGACAACCUCAUUGUGGCUUCCAAGGACCUCUUUGGCCCCAGCAACCGCGGGGUGGACAAGGGCCUGCAGUGGCACCACCAGUGCCCCAAGUGCACGCGCGUCUUCCGGCACCUGGAGAACUACGCCAACCACCUGAAGAUGCACAAGCUCUUCAUGUGCCUCCUCUGCGGGAAAACCUUCACCCAGAAGGGCAACCUCCACCGGCACAUGAGGGUCCACGCGGGCAUCAAGCCUUUCCAGUGCAAGAUCUGCGGGAAGACCUUCUCCCAGAAGUGCUCCCUGCAGGACCACCUCAACCUGCACAGUGGAGACAAGCCCCACCGGUGCAACUACUGCGACAUGGUCUUCGCUCACAAGCCGGUCCUCAGGAAGCACCUCAAGCAGCUUCACGGCAAGAACAGCUUCGACAACGCCAACGAGAGGAGCGCUCAGGACUCGGCCAUAGACUUCGAUUCUUUCGGCUGCAGCUCGGGGGUGGACUCCAAAGGCUGCCCCGCCAACGAAGCCAGCCAGGUGCUGGAGGCGGGGAAGCUCGCCCAGGCCGUGCUCAGUUUACGGAGCGAAAGCGCCUGCGCGAAUUAAGGGCUUGCACCCCGUCCCCCCAGGCUCUGUUUGCGAGCGAGAAAGACCACCAACUGCUGCCAGGGAUGUGUGUGUGUGUGUGUGAAUGGAGCUGGCCUAGGUGCCCAAACCUGGAACGGUUCCCCUUUUGAGCUCUUUUAGAAAGAUUCAGCGUGUCUACGUGACUUUGUCUCUUUUGCAAACUGAACCACCUCCUGUGAAUAUUACAAGAGCUGGCAUGGUGUCUGUGUGGGGUUGGGGGACACCCUGUUUUGGUUAAGUUCUGCCAAAAAGAAGCCCCUUGGUCGUGAGCCAGCCAAAGGCCUAAAAAACAGGAACAGAUACGCCUCGUUGUGGCAAGAGUUUUUAAGCUAAAGACAGGACUGUAUUCUUAGAAAAAAAGAAGAAGAAAAAAAAAAACACUGGAUAAUUAUAAAGUCUUUUUACUUGGUCGCCUCUUGGGCGAUCUUCUUAUUUUGUAUUCUUUGUGAAAAACCAUCAGGUACUUCCCUCUCGGCUCCGGCUACUCUAAGGAGCACCGCCUCUUUAACACGGUCGUUCCUUUCCAAUAGGACGGGGAAAGAAGCGUAAUUGCUUUAGAGCAAACCUGGGCAGAAUUCGGAGCAGCAGACGGGUGGGACGACCCUCCCUCCUUUGCCCCUUGGUUCGGGCUCAGUUCCUCCCCUCCCCCCACCAGAAUAGGUUUCAUCACAUCUUGGGUAGAAACGGCGUGCUUUAGGCUAGGACGGUUGAAGUUUGCAUGUCUCUCCACACACCCAUGUGAUUCUUUACGGCGCAACUUGGGUUUUUUUUCUGUAACGGUUUCCCUUCUAGCGGGGCCUCGGCUCGUAUCCCUCUAUUUUUUUUUUCUUAUGGCUAUGAUCGGUUCCUCCGUUGUUCCUAAAACCCGAGUCCGUUUUUUGUUUUGAAGAUUACGUAUGGUGCUUAAAAUACUGUUGGCAUUUGGUUAGAAGCAAUGCCGUAAGAGGACGGGAUCGGUUUGAAAGGAUCUUACGGUGCCUUCAGCACGGGGAAGCCUCUGAAAGGGAAGAGGAUCUCCAAGGCAGACCGUAGGUUCUUCACUCUUCGGAAUUAUUUCUGGGGAGAGGGAUUCCCAAUCCGUUAAAAAAAAAAAAAAGUUACUAGUUGAAGGUGGAUUUAUUAGUGUAUCGUAUGAGCCGUAUUUUACUUA